AUGGAAGAAAUUCAUCACAUUGCUUGUAAAUCAUCACGGAACAUAUGGGUCAGCGAUUUGGAUAACCAACUCAUCCACAUCAACUACGAAGGAGAAAUUUUUCACAACCUAAGGAGAAAUUCAACGUUUACCACAGGUAUUGCAAUACACAAAGAGGAAAACGUCCUAUUCACAGAUGUAGAAGAGAAAUGGAUUUUUGAAGUUAUGGAAAACUUCAGAAUUGCAAAAUUCUUGAAAACAGAGGAUUGGGUUCCACGCAGUAUACAUUCAUCUUGCCUUACGGGAGAUAUAUUUCUGGGCCUAACGAAGGAAAAAGACAAUGAGGCAGAGGCUAAAAUAAGUAGAUAUGACCAAACCGGUAAAAAAAUUCUUCAGGAAAUUCAAUUGUAUGACGAAAAACCUCUCUAUCGAUUCCCACAUUUUAUGGCAGAAAAUGAUAAGGGGAAUAUUUACGUAUCGGAUUACCAUUUAAGAGCAUUAGUUGCGGUGAACAAAUUUGGAAAACAUUUAUUUGAUUUUAAAACUGAUGAUUUUUGGCCUCAUGGAGUAACCGUAGAUAAUGUAGGGAAUGUGCUAGUGUGCAACGCUUCCUAUAAAACAUCAGGGGUAUUUAUUCUUGACCAAGAAGGCAAUGUUCGCUCCCGAAUACUUACAAGAGAACAAAAAAUAAGGAAUGUGCGCAACAUUUGUGUUGACGAAGACGACAAUCUGUACGCGCUGCAGAAAAACGUCCCAACAAUCAUGGUAUUUAAGUACUUAGAGCGUGUGUGA